AUGGCCGGCUCCAUCAACUAUGCUCGCAUGCGCGAGCUGACGAUGCAAGAGGGCCAGGACGACACCGUCACCGUCAACACCCGUGCCUUGAUCGACAAGGUCUUGGCCCGUUACUCGGCCGAGUUUACCACCCUCAGAGAACUCGUCCAGAACGCUGCGGAUGCUGGCGCCACCAAGGCUACCAUCAGGCUGGAGACGGAUCCGUCAACUCGUGUGCCUUUGCCGCAGACCCAGGAUCCCUCCGUCCUGCUCAGGCACGUGGUCAAGAACCACACUCUGAGAAGUCUUGAUGUAGCCAACAACGGCAAGCCUUUCACUGAUGCCGACUGGUCGCGCCUGCGCUGCAUCGCCGAGGGAAACCCUGACGAGACCAAGAUCGGUGCUUUUGGCGUGGGCUUCUACUCUGUCUUCAGCGAGUGUGACGAGCCGUUUGUGAUAUCCGGCAACAGGACCAUGGCCUUUUUCUGGAAAGGGAACACUCUCGCCGUCAAGUCCGGGACGUUGCCUGCUGAGCAGGCCUCAGAUAGCACGCGAUUCGUCUUAGACUACCGGAAGUCCUCUGACAAGAACGGCGACGUGACCCCUUCUCCCGUUCCUGACCUUUUUGAAUUGUCCAAGUUCUUCACCACUAGUCUUACAUUCCUUGCAUUGCAGAAUAUUGAACUGUUCGUUGAUAAUUUCAAAAUCCUUCACCUUACUAAAACAACAUCUGCCGCUGCCGCAGUCUCGAUACCAAGCCAUAUCGGGAGGAAGUCCGAAAAAGGCCUGAUGGAGAUCCGCGAUGUCACGCACCAGACGGCGAACAUCAAAGCCGAGUGGACCAACGUGAUAGCUUGGGACCGCAAGGAGUCAACCCAGGAAGCGGUGGCCGAAGAACCAGCUCCAGCGGUGCCCAGCUUUAAGGGCUUUUUCGCAAGGUUCAACAUCGGCACCGCGAGCAAGAGAGAGCAGGAGCAAAAGGCUGCCCAGGAAAGGGUCCAAGAGCAACAAAGAGCUGUGGCAGAAGACGUGGCUGGCAUCUCGCAAGCAACCAUUGCCUUGCGGAUCAAUACGGUCAACAUAAACACCAAUGUCCCCAAGGUCCUAUCCAGCGAGCUUCUCCGAGCCACCAAGAAACCCCCGCCUGGGCAAACUCGCCUGGCCAUUUUGACCGCAGACCAAAGUAACCCGGAAACUUCCAUUACCGACGCUUUCGGCCUCACCGUGGAUCGCUCCUCCGACCUUUUCGCCUCUGCUCUGCCAACGAAGCAUGGUCGUGUCUUUAUUGGAUUCCCCACCGGCCAGACGACCGGCUACCAAUGUCAUAUAUUCGCGCCUUCUCUCAUUCCAACCGUAGAGCGUGAGAGUAUUGACUUGUCAAACCGUCAUGUUUCGACGUGGAACGAGGCUAUGCUGGACGUCGCCGGUAUCGCUUGUCGGAUGGCAUUUGACAGCGGCAUGACCACCAUCAAAGAGAAUCUUUCCAAGGAGUUGAAAUCUGCCGGGGCAUCCCAACCCACUGUCGAUCAAAUCUCGAAGACCGUCCCUGAUGCGGUGCGUUUGCUGAAGCAGUGGACUUCGGAAGAGGCUACGCCGUCUGCCGUGGUAGGGAGAUGCGUGGAGGGAGGUUUCUGGAGGGCCUCCCAAAGGGCCGAGAUUCUCUCAACGAAUGGCGUUCUGCCAUGUGAGAAAGUACGCGUGUCAUUGUUGAAGCUGGGAUUCCUUCAAGACCUUCCCAUGGUCCCCGAGCAGAUCAUCGAAGAGAACAAAUCUUUCGUCGAGAAGAUGCUGUCUCGGCGCAUCCUGUACUAUCUCACGGUGGAAGACAUUGUCCAGCGCCUUGAGAACAAACCUUUGAAUGAGGAGGAGAUGCGCGAGUUCCUCAAGUUCACUGCUGACAUGUCCCAUUCCGACACGAUUGAUGCCAGCGACCUCAAGAAACUUUUCAAUGCCGCCGUGCUAACCGAUGAUGCGACUAUCAUCGCGCUUGGAAGCAUUACUUUCUAUCUGAAUGCUGCCAAAUACCCGCCCGAUCUGCCUUUUCCGGAUUCUGUCAUGCCUUUGAAGUACACAAAGGAUUUCACCCGUGCACAACUCGAAGGGUUCGGAUGGGCCGAGCUUCCUGUGGAAGAAUGGAUUCGCUAUCUCCUUGAGUUCAACCAGCGCAAUGGCGGCAAAUCGCUCACCAAGGAUGCUGAGUUUGCCACCCAAGUUCUCAAGGUGAUAUCCAAACAGUGGGAUCAAUUAAGAGCACACCAGCGAACUGAGGUGGUUGCACUACUCCAGCCUCAUGCUGUAAUGCCCACGAAGAAUGGCAUGCAGACACCACAGCAAACAUACCAUCCUAACGUCAAGCUCUUUGAGGAUCUUCCAAAUCUUACUGUACUUGGCCUGAAGCCAAAAUUCCUAGAGGCACUGGGGCUUCGCCAGACCAUUGACCUGGACUACGUCUUCACCCGACUGCUGGCUACUCCUAACAAGGCCGCUCAAGACAACCAGCCCAAGUGGAGUCAUAUGGAUCUCAUUGAAUACCUGACCGAGGUUCGCGACUCCAUUCCCGCCAAAGACCGCACUGUUCUCGCCGAGAAGCCGAUUUGGCCUGUGGAAGAGUAUUCUGGAUUUCGAGGAGAUGCAAAGAAGUUGUACAAACUCCAGCAGCUCUACGAACCAGGAAAUGAUAACAAGACACUCGGUCUUCCGGUCAUCAAGUGGCGAGCGAAUACAGAGUACAGGUCCACGGACCCGAAGGCCAAAUUCCUUCGCGAACUGGGCCUGCGAAAGAGCCCGGGCUGGAAUGAAAUCGUGGACAUGAUGUUGAGUUCAGCGAAGGUCAACGAUCCUCAGCAGUAUGAGAUGGCCCUGCAUUACUUCUUGUCCAAUCGCGCGCUGUGGCAGAAUAUCCCGGCGGCUGCGCUGGCGGACAAGAAAAUCCUACCUGUGGAGGCCGCCCCCUUUCCCUCUCUGGUUCGCCCAUCUGAGUGUGUCACCAAUCCCGACUCAUCCAUUUUUGGGUACAACAUCUUACGCCGUGACGUGCAACCCCACGCAGCCGUUUUCGGUGUCUCUCGCGACCCCCCGAUCGAUGCUUGUGCAAGGAAAUUGAUCCAGUCUCCUCCCAUCAGCAAACAGGAAGCCGCUCUUUACUUCGGAUACAUGGCUGGGAGAAUUGCCGACAUUCAGAGUCUACGCCAAAUCGCACAGGAGCUUGGCAGCUCUCCGAUCGUCCCGCUUGUCAGCCCUCAAAGUGGCGCAAAGAUGCGGCAUAUUCCACCGCAUUCCUGCUUCGUUGGCGAGAGUAAGGAGUUCGGUAACAUCCUAAACUUUGUCGACUUUGGUAGCAUUGCGAAUGCUUUCCUAAGAACUGUCGGAGCCAAAGAUCAACCCACCAUUCUAGAACUCGCCCGCAUGGUCGUUGACAAUCCAUCAAAGGUCCUACAAGAGCUCCAAGCGCCAAAAUAUAUGGGCUUGCUUCGACAGUUCGCUGUAGAAGAGGGCCAACUCAAAUCGGACAAGAAUGUCUGGGCCGCUUUCAAGACCAGGCCAGUGUUGCUUGCUUUCAAGGAUGAACAGCAAGAUGGCAAGGUCGUGGAGGUGAAGGAGAAGUCUCUGCUCGACGACGAUGACGACGACUUCGAUGAUGCCGCCAUUCAACAGGUUCUCGUCAGUGCUUCUGCUUCCCAGAUUGUCGUCCGAGACAAUGUCCAAUACUACGGUGUAUUCAGACACUCGCUCUUGGUUGCCCCCGAAGAUGAAGUUCUCGAACAAUUCUACAUGCACCUUGGCGCCGAGAAGCUCAGUGAUCGCGUCAACGUUGAGAAGAUUGCUGGCAACCCAGUCCCUGGCGGAGAGCACAAGGCAGCCGCAUUGAAGGCGCUUCUCGUAGAGCGAACGCCCAUCUUCCUCAUAUCGUACAACAAAGACCAGAUAUACCACGAUGCACGGUGGUUGGAAUCGAACUUGGACGUCAAGCUUGUAUCGUCCCUCACACAUCGCCUCCAGUUGCCUGGACAGCGUCCCGUGUCGCUCAAGACGAGCGCUGGCCUCCUACGGGUGAGAUCGAGGUUCCAAACUUCGACCGUUCUGUACGCUCGGCAGGAUUUCGACUUCUACGAAGUCAGUCGCGAGCUUGUGCCGCUACUCUUGAAACGCCAAAAUCCAAAGCAUGAGGCGUUGAUCCUGGAGACGAUCCUGAGCAACAGUCUGCGCCGCCUGCGAGACAAGGGCUACGACGUGCACCGCAUCCUCGCCCGCAAAGAAAAGCAAAGAGCUCUGGAGCAGGCCAGGCUUGCCGAGGAAGAGAAGCAGAGAAUUGCAAACGCACCUCCGCCGUACGCCGAGCCAACAUCGCCAAAGCAGCAUCCCCCUCCAGGGUACCAGCAACCGCAAAUCGAGGCCGCGGCUGCUGCCAACCAAGCGCCCCCGAGAACUCCUGAGAAAUCGAACGUGUCGAAGAUGCCCGGUGCCUUCGGCUCCCCGGAGCACGACACACCCGGAACCCAGCUCCAGCGCCGCCCAAGCGUCGACACAGCUGCCGCCAACAACAAUCGCCGCAGCAAGUUCAUGUCCAACUUCACCAAAGCCUUCGAGAACUUGACCACCGGAAACAACAGUAACAAUCGCUCCAGCAUCUCCUCCACCGGAGGAGCCGGCCCCAGCAACACCGGCACCGGCGGCGGCCAAUCCCGCCCCAGCGACCCCAACCACAUGUCCAGCGACAUCACCGCCAACCUCGAGACAGCGCUGCAAAAGUGCCGCGCGCACAACUCCCCGCACGUCCAAUCCGCCGCGCGCACCCGCGACAUCGACGAAGCGCGCGGCUCCUACUGCGACAGCAGCACCAGCAAGGACCUCACGCGCUGGCUGCCCGAAGCCAAGCCGGGCACCGGCAUCGCCGUCUACCUCGCCAACAACAAGCCGGCCCCGACCGCCGACCCGGCCUUCCUCGCCGGGCUCGACGCCUUCGCCGACCUCGUGUCGCGCAUCGGCGGCGGCGUCUUCGGGCUGGGCGUCGGCGGGCGCGGCAGCAGCAACGGCGUGCUCAACAUCUUCUACGAGGAGACGAGCAGCACCAUCGCGUUCAACCAGGGCGGCGCCCUGUUUUUCAACUACCACUACUUUUUGAACUUGCAUCGCGCGGCCAUGGCGGAGCAGGACGGCAGAAGGAAGGCGCAUGUCUUUUGGUGGGAGGCCUUUUGUCAUGAGAUUGCGCAUAAUUUGGCGCAAGAGCACAGCGCGCAGCAUGUGUUUUACGAGGGAAGCUUCGUGAAGGAGACGUUCUUUGCUAUGGCGAGGCUGAUGAACGCGUUAUAA